AUGUUUCUUAAUCAAGUUAGAUUUCAUCGUAAUUGGGACUUGAAGUAUGCAGCAUAUGAAUCCAACAGAACUGUGAUGAUUCUUCAAUUGAGUCACAAAUACUCGUCGCUAAAUAUUAGUCUAGUGAAUAUGAAUGAAGUUGUUGUUAAUAGUACAAUUAACAACGAUGAACAUAGCAAUUUGUUUACAGGCAUCGAUGUAAAAUUGUUGACAACAAGGUGUUCUGAUACGAAAUUUAAUUCAGGAACAGAAAAACAGGAUUACAAAUUUACAGAACUUGGAUAUCAAAAUCUAUCAGACGAGCAGAUAACAAAGCCCUUUAGCUAA